AUGGCGGCAAGAUACGGCCGCGCCGACGCCGCAAAGCUGCUGCAGCCUCGCACUGCUCCCACUGCCGCUGGCGCUGAGGCGAUACGGCAGGCGGAGAGGGAGGGCCUGACUCUGGCUACGAGCAGCAACAGCAACAGCGGCUACAAAGGCGUGACCUUCAAGCCGAAGAAGCAAGGCAGCAAGAAGUACGAGCUGGCGGUGAGGGUUGGCAGCAAGGGUCUUCCUCGUGGCCGGGCUGAGGGCCUCGCCCUGGCCAGCAGCAGCAGCAGCAAGAGUGGCUACAAAGGCGUGGCCUUCUACCCGAAGGCGCGAGGCCGCAAGAAGUACAAGCUGCAGGAGAUGGAGGUGGAGGCCGGCGCCGCAGCAAGGGUGGCGCCAGCUCCAGCAGCCGAGGAGCGCCGAGAGUGCGCCAUUUGCUUGGACGGCCUCAGCUCACACCCCGAGGCGCGCCUGCAGCCACGCGACCCGAACGGCUGGGGCGCCACACACUGCUGCAAGAGCCUCUUCCACUACCGCUGCCUGCACACUUGGCUCAGCGACGACAGCGAGGUCGAGACGAGCCGCGGGAUGGAGCCGAUCAACACGGCCUGCCCGGGCUGCCGAGGCUUCGUGUCGAAUGUUGUGCGAGGGAGUUUAGUUGUAAAAUUCUUCGCGGGGGCGCCUGAAAUUCUUUUGUUCGUUGAGCUUGCCAGCGGCGAGGGCGGUCGAGUGCACGGAGCUAAGUGCCUUGCCGUCCUCGCGGGAGUCGCUUAG